CUCUCACACACACUCGCCCUCACACACACCGGCCCCGAGCCUGGGCUGCGGAGAGGUCUCUCGGGCGCGCUCAGAGGACAGGGCAGCUGCUGUCGGGAGUGGGGCAGAAAGCUCUGGCUCUUUGAGUGAGGCUCCGAAGGCUGAGCCUGAGCAUGGGGCCGGGUGAGCACUGAGAGUCGCGGCUGCAACCAUCAGCCCUGGAGAUGACCAGGAGCGGCCACUGCUGAGAACUAUGUGGAGAGAGGCUGCGAGCCCUGCUGCAGAGCCUCCGGCUGGGAUAGCCGCCCCCCGUGGGGGCGAUGCGGACAGCGCGGGACAGCCAGGGGAGCGCGCGGGGGCCGCAGCAUGCGGGAACCCGCUAAACCCGGUGGCUGCUGAGGCGGCCGAGAUGCUCGUGCGCGCAGCGCGCCCCACUGCAUCCUCGACCUUCUCCGGCUACAGAGACCAUAAGUGGCGACUAUGGGCAGACUGGGCUAUUGGACCCUGCUGGUGCUGCCGGCGCUUCUGGUCUGCCGCGGUCCGGCGCAGGGUGCGGCGGCGGAGAAGGGUACCCCGGCGCUGAACAUCGCGGUGCUGCUGGGUCACAGCCACGACGUGACGGAGCGUGAACUGCGAACCCUGUGGGGCCCGGAGCAGGCGGCUGGGCUGCCCCUGGACGUGAACGUGGUAGCACUACUGAUGAAUCGCACCGACCCCAAGAGCCUCAUCACACAUGUGUGCGACCUCAUGUCCGGGGCGCGCAUCCACGGCCUCGUGUUUGGGGACGACACCGACCAGGAGGCCGUGGCCCAGAUGCUGGAUUUUAUCUCCUCACAGACUUUCAUCCCCAUCUUGGGCAUCCACGGGGGCGCAUCUAUGAUCAUGGCUGACAAGGAUCCGACGUCUACAUUCUUCCAGUUUGGAGCGUCCAUCCAGCAACAAGCCAUUGUCAUGCUGAAGAUCAUGCAGGAUUACGACUGGCAUGUCUUCUCCCUGGUGACUACCAUCUACCCUGGCUACAGGGACUUCAUCAGCUUCAUUAAGACCACGGUGGACAACAGCUUUGUGGGCUGGGACAUGCAGAACGUGAUCACCCUGGACACUUCCUUUGAGGAUGCAAAGACGCAAGUCCAGCUGAAGAAGAUCCACUCUUCUGUCAUCUUGCUCUACUGUUCCAAAGAUGAGGCUGUGCUCAUCCUGAGCGAAGCCCGCUCCCUUGGCCUCACUGGGUAUGAUUUCUUCUGGAUUGUCCCCAGCUUGGUCUCUGGGAACACAGAGCUCAUCCCCAAAGAGUUUCCAUCAGGACUCAUUUCAGUCUCCUAUGAUGACUGGGACUACAGCCUGGAGGCGAGAGUAAGGGACGGCCUGGGCAUCCUGACCACCGCCGCGUCUUCCAUGUUGGAGAGGUUCUCCUACAUUCCUGAGGCCAAGGCCAGCUGCUACGGGCAGACGGAGAAGCCAGAGACUCCACCGCACACUCUGCACCAAUUUAUGGUCAAUGUGACAUGGGACGGCAAAGACUUGUCCUUCACUGAGGAAGGCUAUCAGGUGCACCCCAGGCUGGUGGUGAUCGUGCUGAACAAGGACCGAGAGUGGGAAAAGGUGGGCAAGUGGGAGAACCAGACCCUGAGCCUGAGGCAUGCCGUGUGGCCAAGGUACAAGUCCUUCUCAGACUGUGAGCCGGACGACAACCAUCUGAGCAUUGUCACCCUAGAGGAGGCCCCCUUUGUCAUCGUGGAAGACAUAGACCCACUGACCGAGUCGUGUGUGAGGAACACUGUACCGUGUCGGAAAUUCAUCAAAAUCAAUAAUUCAACCAAUGAGGGGAAGAAUGUUAAAAAAUGCUGCAAGGGCUUCUGCAUUGAUAUCCUAAAGAAGUUGUCCAGAACUGUGAAGUUUACCUAUGACCUUUACCUGGUGACGAAUGGGAAGCAUGGCAAAAAAGUCAACAAUGUGUGGAAUGGAAUGAUUGGUGAAGUGGUCAACCAGCGGGCAGUCAUGGCGGUCGGCUCACUCACCAUCAAUGAGGAACGUUCUGAAGUGGUGGACUUCUCAGUACCCUUUGUGGAGACGGGAAUCAGUGUCAUGGUUUCAAGAAGCAAUGGCACUGUGUCACCUUCUGCUUUUCUAGAGCCAUUCAGCGCCUCCGUCUGGGUGAUGAUGUUUGUGAUGCUGCUCAUCGUGUCUGCCAUAGCUGUGUUUGUCUUUGAAUACUUCAGUCCUGUUGGAUACAACAGAAACUUAGCCAAAGGGAAAGCACCCCACGGGCCUUCUUUCACGAUCGGAAAAGCUAUCUGGCUCCUUUGGGGCCUGGUGUUCAACAACUCCGUGCCUGUCCAGAACCCUAAAGGUACCACCAGCAAGAUCAUGGUGUCCGUGUGGGCCUUCUUCGCCGUCAUAUUCCUGGCCAGCUACACGGCCAAUCUGGCUGCUUUCAUGAUCCAGGAGGAGUUUGUGGACCAAGUGACUGGUCUCAGUGACAAAAAGUUUCAGAGACCUCACGACUAUUCCCCACCUUUUCGAUUUGGCACGGUGCCUAACGGCAGUACAGAAAGAAACAUUCGGAAUAACUACCCCUACAUGCAUCAGUACAUGACCAAAUUUAAUCAGAAGGGAGUAGAGGAUGCCUUGGUCAGCUUGAAAACAGGGAAACUGGACGCUUUCAUCUACGAUGCGGCAGUCUUGAAUUACAAGGCUGGGCGGGACGAAGGCUGCAAGCUGGUGACCAUUGGGAGCGGGUACAUCUUUGCUACCACUGGCUAUGGAAUUGCCCUCCAGAAGGGCUCCCCUUGGAAGAGGCAGAUAGACCUGGCCCUGCUCCAGUUUGUGGGUGAUGGUGAGAUGGAGGAGCUGGAGACACUGUGGCUCACGGGGAUCUGCCACCACGAGAAGAACGAGGUGAUGAGCAGCCAGCUGGACAUCGACAACAUGGCAGGCGUGUUCUACAUGCUGGCAGCUGCCAUGGCCCUCAGCCUCAUCACCUUCAUCUGGGAGCACCUCUUCUACUGGAAGCUGCGCUUCUGUUUCACGGGUGUUUGCUCUGACCGGCCAGGGCUGCUCUUCUCCAUCAGCAGGGGCAUUUACAGCUGCAUCCAUGGGGUGCACAUUGAAGAAAAGAAGAAGUCACCAGACUUCAAUCUGACUGGCUCACAGAGCAACAUGUUGAAACUCUUUCGGUCAGCCAAAAACAUAUCCAACAUAUCCAACAUGAACUCCUCAAGAAUGGAUUCUCCCAAAAGAGCUGCUGACCUCAUCCAAAGAGGUUCCCUCAUCAUGGACAUGGUUUCAGAUAAGGGAAAUUUGAUAUAUUCAGACAAUAGGUCCUUUCAGGGGAAAGACAGCAUUUUUGGGGACAACAUGAAUGAACUGCAAACGUUUGUGGCCAACAGGCACAAGGACAACCUCAAUAACUAUGUUUUCCAGGGCCAGCACCCUCUGACUCUCAACGAGUCCAACCCUAACACAGUAGAGGUGGCUGUGAGCACAGAAUCCAAAGGGAACUCCAGGCCCCGACAGCUUUGGAAGAAAUCCAUGGACUCUCUACGCCAAGAUUCAGUGACCCAGAACCCAGUGUCCCAGAGGGAUGAGGGAACAGUGGAGAAUAGGACCCACUCCCUAAAGAGUCCCAGGUAUCUUCCAGAGGAAGUGGCCCACUCGGACAUUUCAGAAACUUCGAGUCGGGCCACGUGCCACAGGGAACCUGACAAUAAUAAGAACCACAAGACCAAGGACAACUUCAAAAGGUCAAUGGCCUCCAAAUACCCCAAAGACUGCAGCGAGGUCGAGCGCUCCUACUUGAAAACCAAAACUAGCUCCCCCAGGGAUAAGAUCUACACCAUCGAUGGUGAGAAGGAGCCCAGUUUCCACCUAGAUCCCCCCCAGUUUGUUGAAAAUAUGGCCCUUCCUGAGAACAUGGACUUCCCAGAUGCCUACCAGGACCACAAUGAGAACUUCCGCAAGGGGGAUUCCACGCUGCCCAUGAAUAGGAACCCUCUGCACAAUGAAGACGGGCUUCCCAACAAUGACCAGUAUAAGCUCUACUCCAAGCACUUCACCUUGAAAGACAAGAGCUCCCCUCUCAGUGAGGGCAGUGACCGUUGCCGGCAGAGCUCCACACACUGCAGGAGCUGCCUUUCCAACCUGCCUACCUAUUCGGGCCAUUUCACCAUGAGGUCGCCCUUCAAGUGUGACGCCUGCCUACGGAUGGGGAACCUCUACGACAUCGAUGAAGACCAGAUGCUCCAGGAGACAGGUGAUCCAGCCACCCAGGAGGAGGUCUACCAGCAGGACUGGGCACAGAACAAUGCCCUCCAGUUCCAAAAGAACAAGCUAAGAAUUAGCCGUCAGCAUUCCUACGAUAACAUCCUCGAUAAGCCCAGGGAGAUAGACCUUAGCAGGCCCUCUCGGAGCAUAAGCCUCAAGGACAGGGAACGGCUUCUGGAGGGAAAUUUGUAUGGGAGUCUGGUUAGUGUCCCCUCCAGCAAACUCUUGGGGAACAAAAGCUCCCUCUUCCCUCAGGGUCUAGAGGACAGCAAGCGGAGCAAGUCUCUCCUGCCAGACCACACCUCCGAUAACCCUUUCCUCCAUUCCUAUGGGGAUGACCAACGCUUAGUCAUUGGGAGAUGCCCCUCGGACUCUUAUAAACACUCCUUGCCAUCCCAGACAGGGAAUGACAGCUAUCUUCGAUCCUCCUUGAGGUCAACGGCAUCGUACUGUUCCAGGGACAGUAGAGGCCACAACGAUGUGUAUAUUUCCGAGCAUGUUAUGCCUUAUGCUGCAAAUAAGAAUAAUAUGUACUCGACCCCCAGGGUUCUGAAUUCCUGCAGCAAUAGACGUGUGUACAAGAAAAUGCCUAGUAUUGAAUCUGAUGUUUAAAACCUUCCAUUAUGUUUUAUCUAUAGGGAAACAUACGUAAUGGCCAACACUCUGGAGGGAAAAUGUUGGAUGUCCAAUAGUGCCCUGCAAAGAGGAAGAGGAUUUAGGAAGGUAUUUUUUUUGUUGGUUCUUUUGCACAUGGCUCCAUGCCAGUCUCCCACUCAAGGAAUCUUGUGAGAUGUGUGCUGAGAAUGGCAGAUACCAGAUAGGUGAGUCCUAAACCAAAAAAUAAUAAAUAAAAUGGCAAGUCUCCUGCCCACUAGGUAUAUUGGCAAUAAUGAUGCCUUGGAUGCCAAUGGUGAUGUUGUGAUUUCCUAUAUUCCAAAUUCCAUUAAGCCAGUCCCCCAUGCAAUUUCCUCAUCAGAAACGCCUAAUGGUUUCUCUAAUACAGAAUAAGCAAUAUGGUAUGCAUGUAAAUCUGACACAGACCACAUAAAACAGUUAAGAAUGCAUCUGCACUGUAGUGAGAUUGACAUGUGCAAGAGAUUAGGAAGUUUGGCUUUGUAACCGUUUCAGCUUUAUUGUCAUGCCUUUCAUCACCGCCCAGGCCCAACCCCAGAACUCCAGCCUCCCCCAAAGAAUAGCGAAUCAGUAUGUUUCAUGCUAACUAUGCUACUUUCAUUAUAGCCCGUUACCCAGACAUAUCUGGAGUAAAAGGCCGGAAGGGCCCUCAGGCAGAGAACUACGAGAAUCUCUUUGGAUGUCCAUUUGUGUGUUUCACAGAUACUCUCUCACCCUUGGCUUUGAUGGUCUUGUUCAGGGCUGCGUAAAUGAACACAUGUAUGUCUUCGAUAUCUAAGUGUGGAUCUUCUGUUAUGACACAGUGGCCAUUGUAGUUUAUCCUGAAGACUCUUAUGUAUGUAAGUUUGCAUCUCCCCCUUUCUGGUGAUGACUCAGGGUUGUAUAGUAUCUGUUACCCCUUUCCUCCCAGAGUACCAUAACUUGUUCAGUCCCCCAAAUAGCCAUGGUGGCGUCUAAUUAACUGUGUGUUGCUGUUCCCAAGGUUGUCAAUGUGGUGGCAGGCACCAAUAGCCAUAUGUGUGCCGUGAUCUGUAAGAAGUACAAGGCCAUCUGUCUGCAGAAGGCUAGCAUGGUUUUAGGUUUAUGCUUCUUAACGUCAUGAAAUUUUGUUGGACACUCGUUUCUAACCCAGCCUCCCCAAAUCAAAAACCUUCAAAACAUGAGACACGCUCAUGCAUCUACCCUGAGCAUCUUCCAAAUUGUGGAUAAAUGUCAGUGGGACAAGCGAGUUCUCUCUUCUGAAAUAUUCACUCUGUUGGAGGCUGGCUGUUUCACAAGCACCAACAGAGGUAGAUGAAAAAUUCCUCAAAGCAUUUGUCAUUCCUGAGUCCUCUCCAUUAUCCCAUUGUUACUCUACUCAAACCUGUGCACGUAUGAUAUGAAAUGAUACUCGUCUAAUAUAAUGGUGGAAGAGAGGGGUAACAUUAUGCUUGGGAAGCUCUUAGCACUGUGCCUGGCACAUGCAAAGUGCCUAAGUAAAUAAACAAAGAUGGUUGUUAUAUUAUGAUAUAUUAUCAGACCAGAAUUUUCUAGUUUCAAGAUUAAAUGAUACAAAAACCACAAAUAAUAUUAAACAUUUUAUAUAGCUCUAAUUUAAUAAUUAGUGUAUUUUAAAUACAUUAAUAUAACUGAAAUAUUUGGGAGAAGUAGUCAUUGUCUUUUUCUUCAGGGUACCUCAGUCUGUUUUGAUGACAUGCUGCAGAAACCCCAAGCUAAUGCAGACUAGCCUGACCCUCCUGCAUUUGGCUUUGGGUUCUUGGAAAAGGGGACAGAGUGGCGGGUUGAAAGUUAUUCUGUUUCUUUUAUUCAUGGUGUUUUCUGUUUUGUAGGUAUACAGUAUUCUCAGAAUGUUGAAAACUGGUUGCAAUAAAUUUAAGUCAGUGGUAGAGAGGCAGAGAAAAACAGUGGGUAAGGAAGGCUUCCCAUCAUCUUUGAGGUCGAAAGGAAGAAGGGGCUGACUAGACAUUGAAUGCACUUGAACACUAUUUUAUUUCAUGGAUAUAUCACCUUUGCUGCCACUAGACCCAACGACAGAGAAGCCUAGAUUGGAGGACCUCAAAUAGUCACUCCAAUUUCUAAUUUCAGGUGCACCAUUGACUGUCUUUUAGAACAUUCUGCCUUUGCCCUUCCAUUGCAUUGCAGACCUGUCUUUCCCCAGCCAGGAUCACUUCCAUUUCCACACAAGAUUGGCAUGCCUAACAUGACAUGAAUUAAAAAGUCUUCCCAGAACACAAAGCAGUGGUAUGUCAUCAAUCCAAAGAGGCUUUGUCUUCCUCCAGUGUUCUCAAAACUCACGGGGCUACCAAGUGUGACAGAGAGCUCCAGGGACAGUGCAAAUUACACGUGGAGUCAUUCCAUGGCCCCCAAAGCCUUGUAAUAACAGCAUAAUUGCUGCUGUUAAGCCCCUGGUUCUCUGGUUAAGAAACUAA